AUGCUCGCGAUUCUAUACUCGUGCAGUAAGUUUCACAGCUACAUAUUUGGGAAAGAGGUAUCUGUAUACUCAGAUCAUAAGCCCCUAGAGACACUCUUCAGGAAGACACUCUUAUCAGCACCUAUGAGAAUACAGAAGAUGAUGAUAAGACUGCAGUGGUAUGACAUAUCAGUUGUAUACCGCAAGGGCAAAGACAUGCAUGUGUCUGAUGCAUUGUCACGUGCAUUCCUUCCUCCAAGAGUCGGUGAGGAAGAAGAUGAUAUACUAUCAGCUAUCAGCAUGAUAUCAGUCAGCACUCAGAAGUAUACUGAAAUCCAGUCAGCAACAAGUAGUGAACUAAAGGUAUUAAUGAACAUUAUACACAAGGGUUGGCCAGAUACCAAAUCUGAAGUUUGCACUGAAGCAAAACCCUACUGGGAUUCUAGAGACCAGCUCUCAGUUCUAGACAGUAUUGUAUACAAAGGCAGCAGAAUUGUUAUUCCACCCAGCAUGAGGAAGGAGAUGCUUAAUCUGAUUCACAAAUCACACCUUGGAAUCGCUAAGUGUAAAAGCCGUGCGAGAGAAGUAAUGUAUUGGCCAGGUAUGAACUCAGAUAUUGAGGACAUUGUCAGCAAUUGUUCAUUGUGUGCAGAACAUCAGAAACAACAUGGAGCAGAGCCCCUCAUACCUACUCCUACACCAGACCUUCCAUACAGCCAUGUGGAUUGUGAUAUAUUUGAGUUUGACCCUAAAAAGUACAUUUUACUUAUUGACUACUAUUCCAAAUACAUUGAUGCUGUCAGGCUAAAGUCUGAAACUACUACUUCAGUCAUAGAGGUCAUGAAGUCUGUAUUUGCAUGCCAUGGGUUACCCCAGAAGCUGCGUUCUGACAAUGGACCGCAGUUUACUUCCGCAGAAUACAAGAAAUUCUGUCAAACUAAUGCUAUUUUACAUGAAACGUCAAGUCCGCACUUCCAGAGUUCCAAUGGAGAAGCUGAAAGAGCAAUCCAGACUGUAAAACAGUUAUGGAGAAAAGCAGAGGAUACACAGUUUGCAUUACUGGACUAUCGUACAACACCAUUAGAGGGUAUUAAUCUCUCACAAGCACAACUUCUGGUGAACAGACGUCCAAGGAAUACAUUACCAUCCUCGAAGGACAUCCUCAAACCCUUUAUGUAUGACAGUAAGAAAGUCAAACAACACAUGGACACACAGAAAGUCAAACAGAAAUUCUUUUAUGACAACAGGAAAGGAGUUAAGGAGUUAUCGCCCCUUGAUGAAGGGAAGGAAUGUCAAUUAGAAUGA